GAUUCGCCCUAAGCUUACAUCUGCUGCCAAUCUUCCUCUUUUUGUAUGUGAGCCACCACCACACCACGGCGGCCUCUGACAGAAGAGUGGUGUAGGUCCACACCCUGGAACCGAACCUGGGCUGCCAAAGCAGAACGUGCCAAACUUAACCACUAGCCCACCGAGGCUGGCCCAGGAAAAACUACAUUUAUAUGCUGAUGGAAAAAAUCUCAUAGAAAGGGGGGAAUUCAGGGAUAGGAGCUGAUGUACAGUGGAUUGACUAACUUAGAUAGAAGCACAGCCCUUUCAUCUAUUGCCUCAGAAUAGAAGAUCUAGAACACAGAUGCAGGUGCUCUCAUUCUCUCUUGGGUCACUUACCCUGGGGAAAGCCAACUGCUGUGUCAUGAGACAACCCUGUGGAGAGGCCCACUUGGUGAGAACUGAGGCUGCCAACAACCAUGUGAGUGAGGUUGGAAGUGGAUUCCCUCAUUCUCAACCCAGUCAAAUCUACAGAUGAGACCCCAGCCUCUGCCAAAGCCUGACUACAACCUCCUGAGAUAUCUUGAGCCAGAAGUACCCAACUAAGCCAUGCCCAGAUUCCUGACUCACAGAAACUGUGACAUAACAAGUGUCUGUUGUUUUAACCCUCUAAGUAUUGGGGUAAUUUGCCAUGUGGCAAUAGAAAACUAAUACAGAUCUUGGAACCUGGAAGUGAGGUACAGUAAAAAAUAACUUAAAAUGUAGUUGUUGCUUUGAAAGAGGACAGUGACUUUGAGGAGAGUUUUAGUGAAAGUGAUACCAAAAUUCAAGAUUGUGUGCAAUGUGCAGUAAGUCACUGAGACAUAGGUGCUUGGAGAUGAAGAAUGGUUUAUUCGAAUUGGCCAAAAGAAGGUGGGAGGAUAGGGUCUCUUAAAUCUGCCUUCACAAGAGAAGAAAGCAGAGGAUUUUAUAGGCAGGAGGGGUUUCAGAGAAACAAAGGGGUAAUCUGUGUUUCUUUCACUUCCAAUAAGCCCUUGGGCAAUCUGACUUCUGGGUGUCAACUGGCAGCUGGGGGCUGCUUGUCUGAAGAUCAUAACUUCCUUGAAGGCAUUCUUUUUCUUCUGCAAAACAAGCUCAUAAAUCCUUGUGACCUGAGUCAUGCCUCAGGUUAAACAAGAAAACAGCAAACUGACAAGAUUAACUUCUUUUCAUCUAUGUCUGUGUUGGGAACAAGGUUGAAAGGGGGAAGGCAGCUGCCAUAUUAUGAAGCAGUCAUAAGAGACCUUGCACCAGAAGCAUCCAACUAAACUUCAGUCAGAUUCUUGACCCACAGAUACUAUGAGAUGGUCAGUGAACAAUUUCCUGAUAACAGGUCCCAAGGCCUAUCUGACCUACACUACCAGCGUGGCCCUGGGUGCCCAGAGUGGCAUCGAGGAGUGUAAGUUCCAGUUUGCUUGGGAACGCUGGAACUGCCCCGAAAAUGCUCUCCAGCUCUCCACUCACAACAGACUGAGAAGUGCCACUAGGGAGACUUCCUUCAUUCAUGCUAUCAGCUCUGCUGGAGUCAUGUACACUAUCACCAAGAACUGUAGCAUGGGCGACUUUGAAAACUGUGGCUGUGAUGAGUCAAAAAAUGGAAAAACAGGAGGCCAUGGCUGGAUCUGGGGGGGCUGCAGUGAUAAUGUGGAAUUUGGGGAAAGGAUCUCCAAACUCUUUGUGGACAGCCUGGAGAAGGGAAAGGAUGCCAGAGCCCUAAUGAAUCUUCACAACAACAGGGCAGGCAGGCUGGCAGUGAGAGCCACCAUGAAGAGGACCUGCAAAUGUCAUGGCAUCUCGGGGAGCUGCAGCAUCCAGACAUGCUGGCUGCAGCUGGCUGACUUCCGGGAGAUGGGAGACUACCUAAAGGCCAAGUAUGACCAGGCACUGAAAAUUGAGAUGGAUAAGCGGCAGCCAAGGGCUGGGAACAGUGCUGAGGGCUGCUGGGCACCCACUGAGGCCUUCCUUCCCAGUGCAGAGGCUGAGCUGAUCUUUUUAGAGGAAUCGCCAGAUUACUGUACCCGCAAUUCUAGCCUGGGCAUCUAUGGCACAGAGGGUCGGGAGUGUCUGCAGAACAGCCACAACACAUCCAGGUGGGAGCGACGCAGCUGCGGGCGCUUGUGCACCGAAUGUGGCCUGCAGGUGGAAGAGAGGAAGACUGAGGCUAUCAGCAGCUGUAACUGCAAAUUCCAGUGGUGCUGUACAGUCAAGUGUGACCAGUGUAGGCAUGUGGUGAACAAGUACUACUGCAGGCGCUCCCCAGGCAGUGCUUUGUCCUGGGGCAAGGGCAGCACCAGAUAGCACCCACACAAACUCAUUUGCUCAGUUGCAUGACAGUGGAGGGGGACACAGCUUCUUUCUUGGAAAGAGAAGAUUGGAAAACAAUUGGAAAAUCACAAGGUUGGUCUGUAGUCCUCUUGAUAUAUGCUACACAUGGGGAAACAGAGGCCUGAGUUUAUACAGCAUAUUCUUGACAGAGCUGAAAUUGUGACCUGGGCCUCCUAACUUGGGCAGACCCCAUUUCAUCUUUCCUACAAGUUACAUCCUGAUCUUUGUGCCUGUGCUUUUGCAGCUUGCUAAAGGGGGAGUUUGGUUUGGGGUCCAUAUCCAGAAGACCUUCAAAGUACUUGUCCCUGUAAGUUUCAGACCAUGUCCAACCCAGUGUGCUGAGAAUCAGAAGGAAUGGAAGCAAAAAAUGAAAGAGUUCUGUCCAGACUCCUGAAGGAGCAACCUUCCCCUACUCUGGCUAGCUCCAGAAAGACCAACUACAAGUUCAGGCAGAUCAGUGGGGCAGAGACACAUACUUGCCUAAUGGGAGGUUUUUAGGGUGUUGGGUUUUUCACCUGAGUAUGCACUUUUGAAAAGUUCUUCCCACCUAACCCUGGGGAAACCAGGACCUAACAUAACCUGAGGACUCUUCCAGCUCAGAAACUAUCUCUGGAGCCACCAAGAAGGACCAGUCACAGUAAGUGGACUUACACAGGUGACUACAACUUAUCCAGACAAGGCCCCCCAGGAGGGAUUUUCCCCCAAAGAGCUGUAAAAUGACUCUGUUUUGUUUUCCCAGAUUGGGAACUCAACUUCAUUUUGCAAUAAAUGCUUCUA